AUGCCAAAGCAAAAGUGUCGCACAAUAAACAAAAGAAAGCAGAGGAAAAGGAGCACUCUGUGCUCAGAAUCUCUUAACAAUGAACAGCUCAAUCCUUGCGACUUGAAUCCACAGAUGAGCUCCAUCACCCUCCCCUCCAUUUCUGUCGAGCAUUCCUUCCCUCUUAAUGCAAGAUCAAAAGAAUCCACAGACAGUUCAAGAAAGGUCGAUCCCAAAAAGCCAUGGUACCAAAGGUUGAUGGAGGUUGUGAUUCUAUGGAAGAGUGUGAGAAAGUCUCCGGCAGUAGAAAGCAGAAUGGAUUCAGCAAACACCGGCAAGUCAAAGUUGAGGAAAUGCUCCUCUUUGAAGGUCGCGUCUUCCUUCACUCGAGUGUGUUUUUGCGCUCCGAUCUCAUCCUACAAUGAGGUGUUUCGCACCGAUGUCCCCCCGAGAAGGAGCUUCAGCUAUCCGAGCUCGAAAGCCUUUGCGCCGCCGUUGCCUCGGGUCGUCGGCACGGCGAAUUCAGUGGAAAUGAGGAGAGUUUUCAGGGGCAAGUCGCUGACAGAUGAUACGUUGAUGAGGAGGUUUGUGGUGGAGGAGGAAGCAAUGAUGCAGCUGAAGAGGAGGAACCAGAUGGAAUUUAUGAGGAAGAGGAACGCCAUGAAGAGGAAGAAGCUCGGGCCUAGUCCUCUCUGUAGAAUGGCAAUGGCGGGAGAAGAUUGA